AUGGACGAUCCGAAAAGAUAUAAGGAACACAUAACGCAAAUUAAAGUCGCAAGAGGCAAGGUUAAGGCCUCCUUAACUAGAUUAGAACAUUCUGCAGAUGAAUUAGAAUCAAAAAAUGAAGUAGUGAUUCGUUUGCAGAGAACUGAUAAUGGUGUUACGAAAGUCACUAUUUUAGCAGCUAAAAGCAAGGUAGCUCCGCUAAAGCCUGUAUCCAUUCCACGGCUGGAGUUAAAUGGAGCUCUCCUGUUAGCCCGAUUAUUAUCUGUUCUAAUUAAUACUUUUCAUGAUUAUGAUAUUAAUAUAUAUGCUUGGACAGAUUCUCAAGUUGUUCUUUCCUGGUUGUCUUCACCUCCUCGAAAUUGGAAGCCCUUUGUUGCCAACAGGACUUCAGAGAUCUUGGACCUCAUCCCUCAAAAUAGAUGGAGGUAUGUGCCGUCAAAGGAAAAUCCAGCAGAUAUAGGAUCCAGAGGUUUGUUUCCUAAGGAUCUGCCAGACUGUCGUCUAUGGUGGGAGGGCCCUACUUGCCUAACAUCAUCAGAGGCUGACUGGCCAAAAUUUAGAAGUAAUAUGUCAAAACAAAAAAUGGGAGAUCUUCCUGAGGGACGAGUGACUCUCAACAGACCAUUUUUUGUCUGUGGUUUUGAUUAUGCAGGUCCAAUUUCUAUAUUGAAACACCGAGGCAGAGGAGCCAAAACAACGAAAGGUUAUAUGGUUGUAUUUGUAUGCUUUGCUACGAAGGCUUUACAUUUAGAAUUGGUUACGGAUUACACGUCCGAUUCCUUUAUUGCUGCAUUGAAACGUUUUUGCUCAAGAAGGAGCACACCUAAACAUAUUCAUUCGGACAAUGGGACUAAUUUUUUAGGAGCUAAAAGGAAGUUCAAAGAUUUAUACAACCAUUUAUCUAAAAUUAAUCUAGAUCAAAAGGUUUCGUAUUUUCUUUCUCAACAGGAAAUUGAAUGGCAUACUAUCCCUCCUUUGAGUCCGCAUUUUGGUGGACUCUGGGAAGCUGGUGUAAAAUCGGUAUUCAAACUUCCACUAGUGUUGAAAACUGGAAAAUCCGAAACUAUCAUCGAAAAAAGAGACAAUAAGUCUUUAAGUUAG